CUGGGCGGCAGCGGGCGGCCCCGCUAGUGGCCACGAGCCACUUUUGCGGGUGCCGGGAAGAGCUAAGGUUGCCGGUCUCCUGUCGUCCCCCUCUCCGCCCCCCAGGAGCGGCGAGAGGGAGCCGCGGCUGAUGUCAGAAAUAAAUUUUCGGGAAAUGGCCUCUAAAUCUUGGCUGAAUUUUUUAACCUUCCUUUGUGGAUCUGCAAUUGGAUUUUUUUUAUGUUCUCAGCUAUUUAGUAUUUUAUUGGGAGAACGGGGUGAUACCCAGCCUAAUAUUCUUCAUAAUGAUCCUCAUGCUAGGCAUUCAGAUGAUAAUGGACCAAAUCAUCUAGAAGGACAGAUGAACUUCAAUGCAGAUUCUAGCCAACAUAAAGAUGAGAACACAGACAUCGCCGAAAACCUCUAUCAGAAGGUUAAAGUUCUUUGCUGGGUUAUGACAGGGCCUCAAAAUCUAGAGAAAAAGGCCAAACACGUCAAAGCUACAUGGGCCCAGCGUUGUAAUAAAGUGUUGUUUAUGAGUUCACAAGAAAAUAAAGACUUCCCUGCUGUGGGACUAAAAACCAGAGAAAGCAGAGACCAACUUCACUGGAACAAAGCUUUUCGGUAUGUUCGUGAUCAUUAUUUAGAAGAUGUUGAUUGGUUUAUGAAAGCAGAUGAUGAUACAUAUGUUAUACUAGAUAAUUUGAGGUGGCUUCUCUCAAAAUACAGCCCUGAAGAAUCCAUUUACUUUGGGAGAAGAUCUAAGCCCUGUGUAAAGCAGGGCUACAUGAGUGGAGGAGCAGGAUAUGUACUGAGCAAAGAAGCCUUGAAAAGAUUUGUUAAUGCAUUUAAAACAGACAAAUGUACACAUAGUCCAUUGAAGACAGCACUGGGGAGAUGCAUGGAAAUUAUAAACGUAGAAGUGGGAGAUUCCAGAGAUACCACUGGAAAAGAAACUUUUCAUCCCUUUGUACCAGAACACCACUUAAUCAAAGGUUAUCUACCUAGAACCUUUUGGUACUGGAAUUACAACUGUUAUCCUCCUGUAGAGAGUCCUGGUUGCUGUUCUGAUCUUGCAGUUUCUUUUCACUAUGUUGAUUCUACAACUAUGUAUGAGUUAGAAUACCUCGUUUAUCAUCUUCGUCCAUAUGGUUAUUUAUAUAGAUAUCAAUCUGCCUUACCUGAGAAUAUGCUAAAAGAAAGAAGUCAAGCAUACAAAAAUGAAGAUCCAAAACUAAAACAAGGACCCUUGAAGGAAAACCAUAAAUGAAGAGGUAAACUGCCUAGCAUUGCACUGAAAAACUUCUGCAUUUCUGAUACAGAACACUGGAGUCCCAGUGAGGAAUUCUUUCUAAGUGAACAUUCCACAUUAGAAAUCUUUCAUAUGAAUGACUGUAAAGCUUUAAGUGAGCUGUGAAGUCUGUUAAAAUGUGUUUUGAUACAGUAAUAUAUAUAUAU